AUGGUGAAGUAUUUCCGAAGUUCCUGGGACCAAGUGUUCGCUGCCUUCUGGCAACGGUACCCGAAUCCCUAUAGCAAACAUGUCUUAACGGAAGACACAGUACACUGGGAGGAGACCCCUGACCAGAAUCUUCUGUCCCGGAGACUCCUGACCAAGACCAACAGGAUGCCACGUUGGGCAGAGCGACUUUUUCCUGCCAACGUUGCUCACUCGGUGUACAUCCUGGAGGACUCUAUUGUGGACCCACAGAACCAGACCAUGACCACCUUCACCUGGAACAUCAACCACGCCCGGCUGAUGGUGGUGAAGGAACGAUGUGUUUACUGUGUGAACUCUGACAACAGUGGCUGGACCGAAAUCCGUCGGGAAGCCUGGGUCUCCUCCAGCUUAUUUGGUGUCUCUCGUGCUAUCCAGGAAUUUGGCCUUGCCCGGUUCAAAAGCAAUGUGACCAAGACAAUGAAGGGCUUUGAGUACAUCUUGGCCAAGCUACAAGGGGAGGCCCCUUCCAGAACACUCGUUGAGACAGCCAAAGAGGCCAAAGAAAAAGCAAAGGAGACGGCACUGGCAGCUACAGAGAAGGCCAAGGACCUGGCCAACAAGGCCGCCACCAAGCAGCAGCAGCAGCAGCAGCAGCAGCAGCAGCAGCAGCUCGUGUAGCUGCUCCCUUCCUCUCCCUUCUCUUCACUGUACUUGACUAUUAAAGAUGCGCCUCCAGCCCUC